CUAUGACAUUUGACCUGCGUGAUGACGUCAGGAAAACCAGGAAGUCGAGCUUUUACAUGUAUCGGUCAUAGUGGUUUGGGAUUGUUUACAAUAUAGAUUGCCCUCAUACAUAAGACUUUUCUUUCAAAAUGGGUGUUAAAAUUGAAAUUUUUAGAAUGGUGCUGUAUCUGACGUUUCCUGUGACCGUGUUUUGGAUCUCAAAUCAAGCUGAGUACUUUGAAGAAUACGUUGUUAAGAGAAAGAAAGAGAUCUUUCCACUUAACGACGCAGAGCUUAGAAAAGAGCUGGAAGACUUUAAGGAAGAAAUUCGCGCUCGUAGGGAAGAACGAUUGUCACAAAAAAUGGCUAUGGAAUCUGAAAAUUCAAGGAGAAAAUGAAAAAUAUUUGCAAAACAAAACUGGACUGGAGUGAGAUCCAUUAACGGCACUCUUUAACAGAGUUCACACGUGUAAAAAUUAGCCUGAUGAAAUUUGGUAUCCAUAUGUAUACCCAAAUGGCCUAAUGUCAUUGCACCUUUUCAUGAUUGAGUGGCCAUAUUACAAAAGAAAUAUCAGUAUUUAUGUUUGCUCCCAAGUUACUCAGAUUUUGUUUGUGUCAUAUAAUAAAUUACAACUUGAGUUUAUUCAUGGAUUUUUUUGCAUGUAAAAUGUAUUUUUCUGCUAUUGUGAAAUUACAUUACAAUACUUUAUUAGUAUUUAAACAGUACCAAUACUGUUUUAUAUCAAAACAUUAUAUAUGUGUAAUAUAUACAUCUAUAUAUGGUUUAUAUAGAUGUAAAUGCUUGUUCUUUGCUUUGUGUUUAAACUAUGCAACAUGAUUUCAUCUGCUACAAAUAGUUCAUUAAACAGCAGGGGGCAGUAAGAACACGUGUCUUAAUCAGAACCAUGUACACGUGGUUCUAUACAAAUGAUUUCAAAGACAGAAAUUAUAUUUCAGUAAGUUAACAAUGCAUCAAUAAACCUCGAAAAACACGUUUUUUAAAUGAUAUCACCACUAUUCUCAUGAUAUUUUAUAUAGUAUACCACACACAGUAAGUUGAUGUUGACAUAAAAUUACGCUGUGGUCCAAUAACUUCAGUAACUAGAGGUGAUAAAUUUCAAUAUGAUAUUAGGUUUCCCAGAUUUUGACAGCUAUCUGUGCUAUCGAAGGUGUGAAAGUAAAGCACUGAAAGGA